GCGUGCUAGGAUUGAUUUGCACAAUGUGCAGCUGGCGCAACCAUUUUCUUGCCAAUUAUUACAAAAGGAAAAAGAAAGAAAGAAAAAAAAGAAUCUGAUCCGAACGUGACGCGAUUACGUCGUAGACCUUUACGCUCCCCCAGGAGCGUCAGAUAAAGCUGUGCGAUGAAUGAGACGGGAGACUGGCAGAGGGCAGAGGGGUGGAUGAUGAUGAUGACGACGAUGGUGAAGAUAAAAGAGGAGAAUGAUCAAGCCAACGAAGCAUCGCCGUCGUAGUUUGGCGUCACCUUCGUGCCUGUUUUGGAGAAAUACCGAGGACAAAAAAACAAACAACAACAACAAAAAAACAACAACACGUAAAUACUCCUCCGUGCAGAUGCUGGACGAGGCCAUCGGGUGAAGCCGCUGCCGUCUAAUCUCAGAGGAGGACGGAACGUGAUGGCAAAACCCGGAGAGUGAACCGCAUUUCUUUUGCAUCGUCUCCAGGAGCAACUGAGGGAAUGGAGCGCCGUCUGAAAGGAAAAUGUUUGUCGUCUCCGAGCUGCAGUGAAUGCCUCACGUGCAGAAAAACUCAGUAAUAUUUCUCAGCGGGAGGCUUUUUUUGUUUGUUUGUUUGUUUGUUUAAUGGCACGUUGGACUUUGGUGGAAAAAUAAGCGACUUAAGCUGGGAUUUAUGAACUCCCGCGACUCGUCAAAAUAGUAAUGUGAAUAUUUUUCCUCCUGUUUUUUUUUUUUUCGUAUCCAUCCCACUUCUUGUGAGAUUUGACACCAAACUCCUCGUGUUUAUAAGCGAGCUAAAAGUCUUACUGGUCAAGAUUUUGGGGAUGUUUCGAACACUUACCAGCAUUUACCGUCGAGCCUUUCGGUAUUUCAACUUUCGACUCAAAAUAGCCUAAUUCUGCUCUAAACCGGGCUCCGUUUGCUGUCAGCCAGCAAACAUAAUCCGUUAAAGUCGAGCCGCUCGCUUUAUUUGGCUAACGGAAGCAGCGGCUAGCAGCGGCUAGCGUCUGUGCUGCCGUUGUGUUGUCGGUCAUCAUGCAUGCACCGACACGUUUCGCUCCGACGAGGCCAGCCGAGAGGAUGUGCCCAAGGGCAUAACAGCACAGCCGGCCAUGUCUGACUGAGAGCAGCCGGUCCAGCAGCCCCACAGCGAGCAGAACGGAGCGGCUUUAAUCAGAGGGGGGAGAGAGAGCGGAUCAACACCAGCAGCAGCAACUAGCCCGUUACCCCCCCCCAAUUCAACAGGAGACCGUCGACUGGAUCAUUUUCGACCCAACUUGGCACCCAAACCGAGCAGAAAUGGGUGAGCAGCCCAUCUUCAGUACGCGGGCCCACGUCUUCCAGAUCGACCCGAGCACCAAGAAGAACUGGGUUCCUACGAGUAAGCACGCCGUCACGGUCUCCUACUUCUUCGACAGUACCAGGAACGUGUAUCGGAUCAUCAGUCUGGACGGCACCAAGGCCAUCAUCAACAGCACCAUCACCCCCAACAUGACCUUCACCAAGACAUCGCAGAAGUUCGGCCAGUGGGCCGACAGCCGGGCCAACACCGUCUACGGACUCGGCUUCUCGUCCGAGAGUCACCUGAGCAAGUUUGCAGAAAAAUUCGCCGAGUUCAAAGAAGCGGCCCGGUUAGCGAAGGAGAAGUCCCAGGAGAAGACGGAGCUCAGCAGUACGCCCUCGCAGGGUGGCGCUGUAAAGCAGAAUGUGUUGUCGGUCAACAAACCUGGUAAAAAGAAGGAAUCUGCGCCAGGUGACCUCCAGUCACCUCUGACCCCGGAGAGCAUCAACGGCACAGACGAGGACAGAGCGACGCCGAACACGCCAAAGCACGGCGAAGCCAGAGCGGAACCUCCCCAAAACGCUUUGCCGUUCUCUCACAGCUCCUCGAGCAUCAACAAGCACUGGGAGGCCGAGCUGGCGGCGCUGAAGGGGAACAACGCCAAGCUGACGGCGGCCCUGCUCGAGUCCACCGCCAACGUCAAGCAGUGGAAGCAGCAGCUGGCGGCCUAUCAGGACGAGGCAGAGCGGCUGCACAAGCGGGUGACGGAGCUGGAGUGCGUGAGCGGCCAAACAACGGUCAUCAAGUCUCAGAAGACGGAGCUGAACAGAACAAUAGAGGAGCUGGAGGCGGAGCUGAGGGCCAAGGAGGAGGAGCUGGAGAGGCUUAAGGCGGAGGUGGAGAGUGCCAACGAGUUUAAGUUUCAAAAAGACGCCCUGACGCAGAAACUAAAGGAGACGGAGUCGAGGAACCGGACGCUGGAGGGGCAGCUGAGCGACCUGGAGCAGCGCCUGGAGAGCAGCCAGCUGGAGCGGGACGCCUACAUGAAGAGCCUGCGCUCCCUGCUGGAGCUGCUGGACAGCAAGAUCUUCGAGCUGACGGAGCUGCGUGACGCGCUGGCCAAGCUGGUGGAGGGCAGCUAGACGUCGUCACCAACACAACUUGAAAUCUCUUUUCUCUUUCUCUCUCUCUUUCGUUUUUUUUUUUUUUUUGUACACGUUAAGAGUUUACACGGCUUGAUGCAUUAGCGGUACACAAACUUCGCCACUUCAGAGCACUCAGAUGGUUUACAAACAGCCAAGCGAAGCCUUUUCUUUGCUCCACUGUGGAAAACCUCCUCGUUGUAAUUUAGAUUGUUUCGACCACCAUGAUAUGCUAAUCGACUGAGCUUCAGCGGAACACCGGAGCCGUCUCCUCGACCCCACGAUUACGCUUCGACGUUUUUGUUCCCCACUUGUUCACGGAAAUCGGCCGAAUGAGCUUCGAUCUGAGACGAGCGCGGGAAGUUGAGGAUGUCGGCCCGACUUACAUUCUUCUACAAUUUUCGAGCAAUACACUAGAGGAGGGACUGCGAACUGUUUCCACUCUCACUUUCAGGUAACCUUCCUGCUCCUGCCGGCUGAUUUGAACCAAAAGCGAUUCAGGAUUUUCUUCAGUCUCUUCUGUUUGUGUGUGAAUCGGAUCGUUUCUUUCCUUUUCUUUUCGAUGCAUUUUGAAGUGCAAUGGUUUGAAUUGUUUUUUUUUAAUUAUUAUUAUUUAUUACCAAGAUAUUUAGAAUAACAAACAUUGUAAAGUGUGGAUUUAAUUUUAUUAUGCUGGUACGUGGCUGUGAAGAUGGUUUCAUUAGCAUAAGGAAAUCAUGACUUAUACGACCGAAUUAGUUGUUUUGUUUGUUUGUUUGUUUCUUUUGCCAAAUACCGUUUGUUCCUGUACAGAUCUGAACUCUCGCUGAUGUUGCCUUGGGCACCGAGUUGUGUCAACGGUAGCUAACUGAUGGUACGUUUGGGAUAUUUUUAAUUUUUUAUUUUUCCUCGUGGGAUUACCUGUUGCCAAAAACGAAAGAAUAUGCUACAGUACGAACACGUGCAGAACACUAAUUUAAGGGCUUGUUCUUGGUUCGGGUCAAACUUGGGGUGAUUUUUAGCGGCGGCUUCCAACUUUAAAGGCGACGACGUGCGUCGUUGUUGAUGACGAAGGCAUUCGGGGAAAAAAAAAAUAGUUUCAACGCGGAGCGAAGACACGUGCUGAUAAAACACAAAUUGUAAUUUUAAGUUUAUAUUAAAAGAAAAUCUGUUGAA